UAAAAUGGCGUCCGGUUUUUUGUGUGUGCGAAGAUGAAUUUAUUGUUUUCAUAGAAUUGUGAAUUAAUCAAUAAUACAAAGAUUUUUGUAGUUAUUUGAUAUCUACAUGAUAAAAUGAAUUGUUUUUAUAUAUUAGAAAGGCGUAAAAGUGUUACAUUUACACGAAUUAACUUGCGUGUCGAUGUCGCUGGCUUUCGUGUGUAGCGUCGUUGUCUUGUGCCGCCUUUUACAUUGAAUAAAAUAGAUCAAUUUAAAAGAAUAUCUGUUGGCCGAUUGAUUACACUCUACCUAUUAUGCUAACUUUACAAGUGAAUUUAUUGUAAAAAGUCGUUUUGUCGGCGUUUUGAUUGAUGAGUGCGUUGUGCGUUAGUAGUUGUGAAAGUGUACAUACAUGUUCGUAAUGUUCAAACUGUCAUGAGUGUUCAUGUUUACCAUCAAAUAGUGGAUUUGUGUUAGUGGGGUUUGUUUUUAGAUGUAAAUUUAGAAAUUUUGUGGUGAAAAUGUGUAUGCCAACGCCGAGCAAUGUCUCGGGCUUCGGUUACUCUUGGGGCUUCACUAGUUCGGCCGAUCCAACCAAAGGUGAAGUGGAGACGCCCAGCAGUUUGAGUUACACCAUAGGGAAUAGUGUAUCCCCAGAGACAACUUUGACUGUAAUGUCACACAAAACCCCACAGGUUCAAGAGAAAGUGGGCAAUGUAACAGUAGCAGCUGUUUCUAAUGCCGCAGCGCAAGUCACCAGGGUGGUCACAACCGGGACUCCGGUGCAGGGCCGGCGAGCCAUGUUUGUGUUUAACGACACACCUGUGCACACACUUGGUAGAGUUUCACAACAGAAUCAAACUACUACUAUACAUACUGCAAAUCUUGGAACCAAAACAAUCAUGACACCAUUGGGUCCUCUUCAACUAACAGCAGAGGAAUGCAAUGAAAUCCUAAUGAAGCGGGCACUCCAGGCCCAGGGUAUUUCAACACCGUCUGUUAUAGAUGCAUCACAGUUGAACCACACAUUACUGAAUGGCACCAUAAAAACUAUCAAUGAGGCGCCUCCGCAACAAACAGAAACUAUACAGACUAAUACAAUACAACAACACCAUCUGUUGCAUACUAAACAGGAGCCAGGGACCGCCAAUAACUCACCCAAGACUGUAUAUUCACAAGCAAAUGAACUAUUAAACACAACAGCUGUGUUGACACCAGUGGCCACAGCAGCCCCAAAAGAGAGGCCAUAUUCCUGUGACGAAUGUGGGAAGUCUUUCCUGCUGAAACACCACCUUACUACUCAUGCUAGAGUGCAUACUGGGGAGAGGCCUCAUGUGUGCGUCCACUGCGGCAAAGCGUUUGCAAGGAAGCACUGUCUGAACACACAUCUGCUGUUGCAUUCUGCCGACCGGCCGUACCGCUGUCAUGAGUGCAAGAUGGCGUUCACGCUCAAGCACCAUCUUGUUACGCAUUCACGGGUCCACAGCCGGGAGCGCCCGUUCGUGUGCGGCGAGUGCGGGCGAGGGUUCCCGCUGAAGCGCCACCUGGUGACGCACAGCAAAUACCACGCGGGGGAGAGGCCCUACGUCUGCGGGGACUGCGGGGAGAGCUUCGCGCAGAAGGAGCACCUGGUGAUGCACAGCCGCUUCCACGGGUCGCUGUCGCCGUUCGUGUGCGGCGACUGCGGACUCGCGUUCGCGCGCAAGUUCCAGCUCGUGAACCACGGCCGCGUGCACGGCCGCGUGCCGCACGCGUGCGUCGUCUGCGGCAAGGAGUUCCUGCAGAAGCGGACGCUGGUCGCGCACAUGAAAAUACACACAGGAGAGGGCGUGGUGGCGUGCAUAGAAUGCGGCGAGGCGUUCAAAUCGAAAGAGGACCUGCAACACCACUGCAAGAUAACCAGGCACUGUAUCACCUCCUCCUCGCAGUCACAACAACAACAGCAACAACAACAACAGCAACAGCAACAACAGCAGCAGCAACAACAACAAGCUCAACAGCAGGCACAACAACAGGCGCAGCAACAGGCGCAGCAACAAGCCCAGCAACAAGCGCAGCAGCAGGCACAGCAACAGGCACAACAGCAGGCCCAACAGCAAGCCCAGCAACAGGCGCAGCAACAAGCGCAAGCGCAGCAACAACAACAACAGACUGUGAUUAAACAGGACGACUUCAAACCGCAAAUCGUUCAGGUGAUCGGCGCUGACGGACAAAUAGUGUCAGAAGCGAAAACGUCUCCGCAGUAUGUCUGUCCGGAGUGUGGCUCCUGCUUCAAUACUAAGGAGGCGCUGUCGCUGCACGUGCGGCUGCACGCGGGCGACCGCACCUGCGUCACGGACCUGUGCGCGCUCACCGCCGCGCUGCAGCCGGGGCUGGUCACCGCUCACAAUCAACCCAUUCAAAUAAUAUCGUCAAAUCCCAACAACGUUGUACACACGCAAGUUAUAGCCACGAAUCAUAUAGCACAACCGCGGCCUAAGAUCCACUUUUGUGUGGACUGCGGGAAAGGGUUCGCGGCUAAACACGGCUUGCAGGCGCAUCAAAGGAGACACCCGGACGGCAGCUGCACGCUGCGCACGCACGUGUGCAAUCAGUGCGGCAAGGCCUUCUUCCAGAAGAACCAUCUCAUGCUGCACCAGCGGCAGCACAUGGACCUGCCGCCCAGGAAUUCACAAGCACAACAGCAAGCGAACCAACAAGCGCAACAACAGGCCCAACAAGCUGCGCAACAAGUCGUGCAACAAGUCCAGCAACAAGUUCAGCAAGUUCAACAAGUGCACCAAGUGCAUCAGAACAGGUUGGAACUGCAGGACGACCAGCCCACGCAUAUACAACUGGUAACCAACAGAUCGGGGCAAGUGAUCGGCAACCAAAUAGUGGUGGGCGGCGUGGGGUCAGUGGGGUCAGUGGGGUCAGUGGGCGGCGUGGGGCGGCGCGUGGUGGCGCCGCAGCUGCACAUCAUCCGCGACAAGGCGCUCGCCGCUCAGCUCGCGCACAACAAGAGGCACACCAACAGUGGCGAGCUCAAAGAAGUAACUCGGGGUCUAGUGCUAGGGACAGAGUUGGUGAAGUACGAGAUCUCCAUCCCACCGCCAACGUCAGUGGUGCAAGUCCAACAACUGGACUGAGUGAAGAGAGAGGGAGCUGAGGACUUCCAACAGUGCCACUGGGACCCCAGUGAUGGACAAAUUGCACAGUGAUGUGGUGGAAAUUAAGUGCUUGUGUGUGGGGCAGUGGCAGAGAGUCUCGGGGAAAUGGAGCCAGAAUAGGAGGAUCGACUACCCAGAAAUAUACCAGAAUACCUUAAGGCAAGAGAUAAUUGGUCGAUCUAAUCAAAAAUGGCGGCUAACAGUUGCAGCGGAGUUGAAAACAGUCUGUCAACUGAAGCGCAGUAACACCCGGUGGCGAAGCACUAUGGCGCCCUCUGUCCCACCAGGGGGCCUUAUCACCAUAGUCAAUUCAAGUCAUCAGAAUGUGAUUUUGUGGACAAAUAAUAUUGUGAACAAUCAAAGGACCACAUUGAGUGGUUAUAAUGUGACACAGUAGCAAAAAGUACAAUUUGUACUUUUGAAUAUCUGUAAUGUAAGUGAAGUGAAACUUAAACCCUCUUAUUCACAAAUAAUUUCAACCAGUAGUUGUAUUUUUGUCUCUUUCUUUCAAUUACUAUAAUAUUGAAAAGGGACAAAUGUGUUUAGAUAAACUUGUUGAAUUUUUUUCUGAGUAAGAAGGGAAGAACUUUUGUAAGAUAUGUGAGACCAGUGAAAAAUGUCAUUGUAACUAUAUUUGCACCCAAUAAGGUUUUGGACGCCAAUAAAAUGUGUCUUUUGUACAGAAAACCUUAGAAUAAGAUUUUGAAAUAUAAAUUCUUCUCGUCCAAUGACUGAUCAAUGGUUUGAUAGUGUGGAUAUGAUUCCAGUGACAAGGUCAGUGUAAUAAGGCAUCGAACUUUGGUUUCGAAUGUAAAUAAAAACAGUUCUGUCAGUGAACUAAACAGAUUACGUCAGCACUCAUUGUAUUGGCUAUCAAAUCUCUUCUUAAAACAAUACUGUGGUAUAAAACUGACAUAACACAGUAGACUUGCAUAGAUUGUUGAAAAUAUUUUCUGACAGCCAGCCAAAAAUUUCUUCAGGUUUUCAGUAAACAUAGUUCUGAUAUAAUAUAUAACCAACGAAAGUAGUGAUUCAUAACAUGAAUUUAUUCUAUUAUAGACUUUGUCUUCCUUAGAAUAUGUAAAUUGCACUGUUCUUGUUCAGUGUCUGUAAACAAUGCAGUAUUUAUUUUAUAAUUUACAAUGCAAGGUAAUAGUGCUUUCUCAUGACAGCAAAAUUUGCUAUGUAUGACUCUGUUUGCGCGCACUGUGACUUCUUCGCGUGAUAAUUUUUAAGCGUUUAUAGAACAGCGGGCAUGUGCGAAAAAUAGGCCGUCACAAAAUCGUGUCAUAAGAAAAAUAAUUCAUUGUGCGCUCUUAGGCCUAGAAAUGAAUGAUUACCGAAUAAUUUUGCUGCUAACAUAUGCUGUCAUGGAAUUAUGUAUAGAUUCCACGCCCGGUGCGUAAAUGCCAUACUCGAUAUUACACGCAUAGCGUGUUUUAUGCCACAAUGGCGCUCCGUUUUAUUAAUCCAAAUAUUCUUACUACUAUUCCGCAGGCCAUAUCGAAAGUUUUGUAUGGUUCCGAAUGUAAUAAAAAGAGAAGGCGCCUGACUUGGUUAGGACUUAAGCAUUAAUUAGCUAGUCAUGGAUUUAGUUAUCAUGAUUAACAUUAUAGUUUUAAGUUGAAAUGUCGAGGCAUACUACUGUAUUAGUGGCCCUGUCAUCUUAACUUAGACGAGUUAUACAUUGGCAAGCUAUACUUGGAAGUAUUUUAUACAGCCUUACAUAAAAUUAAAUAAAUUAAAUGAACCAUAAUAUUUAUAAGUCUCAAUUUUUGAUGAUUUUUAACGAAUAGUUGACAGGCUUUUUUGAUCGAAAUAUAUCUAGUUGACAUUUGGUGUAUUAUUCUACUAAUGCGAAAUUUACUUAAUUUUUGAUGGCAAUAAUGAAAAUUAAGUGUUGUAUUAUACUUAAUGGGAAUGUUCUAAAAUUUAGAACAUAUGGGGCGUUGUAAAAAGACAGAAUACCACUUUUUCUUGUAAAUUAGUUUAGUUGUUACUGUAGUUACUAGAAUAGCAAACUUGUACAUAUCAACGUUUUAUAACGGCGCCGAUUUCGGUUUUGUAAUUAAAAUGUACAAUCCCCCUGUAUGUAUCGCAUUUAGUUUUUUUAAAUGUAUUUUUAACGGCCUCGUCGAAUAAGAUUCAGUUAAGUACACAAAUAUAUUAUUUUCGCUUUUCAUGAGUAAUGGCAGGUGAUGUGUGCAAUUCAAAUUUGAAAUAGAGAUAAUUAUGUUAGAUCUGAAUUUUCAAGAUUUUUAUUUGUAAGCUAUAAUUUAAGAUCAAUUUGACAGCUUUUUAAUUCGGUGGGUUUUGUGGCGUGCAUGCUAUAGAAAGCUUCAGUAAAUAAAAAAUAAACUAAUUUAAUAUUUUUCUAAUUUUUUUUAUAGCACAGGAGAAAUACACACUACCGCCACUAUCAUAUUUUUCUCAGAAAUCGAUAAAAAUAUGGUGUCACUAGUGUGCGAUCGGUACACUCUUAAAUUAUUUAUAGUUUAUGCAUGCCUCAGAACUGAAUAGGGGAAUAUUUCUGCAAUGUUAUCUCGCCAGGGUGCAGCACUAUAAUUAAACAGCGUAUUUUGACAUUGACAAUGACAGUCUUCCAAAGCAUGACAAAUGUUAUUGAUUGUUCACCAUGGCAACGGGUGUUUUGUAUAGGUGCCGCCAUCUGUACCGAGCUUUGUGUAAUAUUCCCAAUUAUAUUGUUAUUUGCAUUCAUGUGGUUAAAAAAGGAAGACUUCUGAUUUUUUUUUGUGUAUCUAGUCUGUGAUAGGGAUGUCUAAUUCUAUGCCUGUCUGGGUCCGGUGGUAAACAUUGUCUAAGAUUCAAAUAUUAUGUAAUGCCAACUACACAUUGUCACAACCCUAUCUAUAUCCCGUUUUUAGGUACUUAAAAAGGUAAACAAAAGUAAAACAGUCUUUUUAUUGAAAUAUACACACUAAAGAUCAAAAUCAUAGCACUUUACGCUUUUUACGAAAAUUUAUUUGAUUUUUGUUAUGAAUUAUUUGAAGUCUGUCAAGAAGACGAAGAAAACGGAUUUGAAAAAGAAUAUUUAUUUUGCCAUUGCACUACCAAAUAGAAUGGUCAAGAUUGGUUGAUAAACAUCCAGUGUUGCCGGCCGACAGGAGACAACGCCCAUAUUUAUUUUCAUUUUCUUGACAGACUGUAAUGUGCGAAUAUUUUAAAUUGAAAGUGUGAAUUUCAAUAUAAAAGACAUGUCAAGAUCGUGUACAUUUACUUAAUACGUAAACUAACGGGUCCUGGCCUAAAUUAUUUAAAUUCUAGAUUAGUCCAAUUACUCAAAUAUCUUUUCAAAAUUCCUAAAUGAUGACAAUAGAAAAUAUACAUACAUUGUGUAAUUCUACUUGCAUACUUCCGUAACCGUUAUUAAUUUGUUUAAGUCUUCCAUUCGUCUAAACAUUUUUAAACUAAAAUUUAUCAUAUCUGAAAGAAAGUAAUCGAAUAAUCAACUUUUCUCUUACUAUGGCUUUAUUUUGUAGAGCCAUCAUAUUGUGUAGUUCCUAAAUCGUAUUUUAUGUUUUCAAUAUUUUUAUGAGUCAAAAAUCAAAGUAUAUAUAUUUUUUCUUAUAUGUAAAAUGUCUUAUUACUAUUGAAUUUGUUAAAAGAAAAAGUUGAAUUACCAUACAACUACGUCAAUUUAAAUUCUAAAUGUGAUUUCGAAGCAAAUAGUGUUGUAAAAGAAACUGUCCAUCGAUGUGUAGCGUUUUUUAUAAUCUGUGGUAGAUGUCUUAGAUGAUGAACGAUAUAUGUCACUGGAAAAUGUGCCGUGUUCUCAUUGCCUUAAGUUUGAAUUUGUAUUAAAUAGACAUACAAACUAAUAGUACUGAAUGACACCUAGCGCGCGCUUAAAUAUUGUAUCAUACUUUUUACUGACAUAAACGUAUACGUAAGUAUUUAAUUUAAAGAACAUAGGUAUUAUGUUCCAGCAUACAUUUGAAUAUAAUUUUUAUAGUUUUCAAAGCUGUAACGAAUUAUUUGUGUGAAGUUUCCUUUGUGAAUAUAAAGUCCCUCAUUCCGGAUAGAAUAGAUAACCUUAAAUGCUGUUAAAACUUGUUCUUGUUUUUUAUGCUGGCGUCAUUAAAUUUUAUACAUCCUUUUAUUGCGGAAAUAACAUUUCAACAAACUUCCUCGAGUUUUAGAAUGGUGUUUUAUUCGACGUUUAGUUGGCGAACAUGAAUGACACACGCGGUAAUUGAUUAUCAUUACAUGCUUACGUCUUCAUUAACUUUACUAAUUAAAUUGACUUUAAGGCACACAGACUGCGUAUCGCGUGCGCUUUUUUCUAUAUGAUUGUGGCCAGCUGCGUAGACGCCUGCGUCAUAAUUCCAUACAAAAACCGGCUAGCUGGCAUCGUCCUUUAUAUUCGUCAACUAUAAACUCUAUUCAUAAAUAAUUUAUUUAUUAAUAUUGCCACUUAGCAAUAUUAUCACGGAUAGCAGAUUAUUAAUUUAUUGGCGUUUUACCGGAGUAAGAAACAAGAAUAUCGUUUCUCAGCAUAAUAAAAUUUCCAUGUAGGCAGUAUUAGUUGGAUUUCCCUGAAUAUCCUGUUCGGGCGUCCAUUUUUAAUGUUAUCUUGUGACUUAUGUUGGAUCUUGACAAGUUGUUUGCCAUUUACUUACAUGUAAAUAUAUAUAGUUUAUCUAUAAUUUUUUUUAUAUUAAAUGAAAAUAUACAUGCUAUAAUCAGUU